GUCUGGGAGCUCCUAGUCACUAAGGCAGCAGCCCCUCCUUUCUUACCCUAGUCUCCAGUUCUCCAGUGUUCACAGGUGAACCCAUCAACAACCACUGCUCAUGAUGGAGGCUAUCAAGAAAAAGAUGCAGAUGCUGAAGUUGGACAAGGAGAAUGCUCUGGAUCGGGCAGAGCAAGCUGAAGCUGAGCAGAAGCAGGCAGAAGAAAGAAGUAAGCAGCUGGAGGAUGAGCUGGCAGCCAUGCAGAAGAAGCUGAAAGGGACAGAGGAUGAGCUGGACAAGUAUUCUGAAGCUUUGAAGGAUGCCCAGGAGAAGCUGGAGCUAGCAGAGAAGAAGGCAGCUGAUGCUGAGGCUGAGGUGGCAUCCUUGAACCGUAGGAUCCAGCUGGUUGAAGAGGAGCUGGACCGCGCUCAGGAGCGCCUGGCCACUGCCCUGCAAAAGCUGGAGGAAGCGGAAAAAGCUGCCGAUGAGAGUGAGAGAGGUAUGAAGGUUAUUGAAAACCGGGCCUUAAAAGAUGAGGAAAAGAUGGAACUACAGGAAAUCCAACUCAAAGAAGCUAAGCACAUUGCAGAAGAAGCAGAUAGGAAGUAUGAAGAGGUUGCUCGUAAGUUGGUGAUUAUUGAAGGAGACUUGGAACGCACAGAGGAACGGGCUGAGCUGGCAGAGUCUAAGUGUUCUGAGCUGGAGGAGGAGCUGAAGAAUGUCACCAACAACCUCAAGUCUCUUGAGGCUCAGGCGGAGAAGUACUCUCAAAAAGAAGACAAAUAUGAGGAAGAGAUAAAGAUUCUUACUGAUAAACUCAAAGAGGCAGAGACCCGUGCUGAGUUUGCUGAGAGAUCAGUAGCCAAGUUGGAGAAGACAAUUGAUGAUUUGGAAGAUGAGCUCUAUGCCCAGAAACUGAAGUACAAGGCCAUUAGCGAGGAGCUGGACCACGCCCUCAAUGACAUGACUUCUAUAUAAUUAUCAUCGUUUCUGCUCUGUUCUGGAUCUGCCCCCUUUCCUCGGGGAACACAACGCCCCACUCAUUCUGGAUUCCAUUUGGGUCAGCCUCGCUGGUCCACAAGGCAUUAGGAUGGGGGGGAGCACAAAGCAACUUAUGUAUUCUCUUCCACCCCCACCCCAAAUUAAAAUGUUAAGCUGCUGGAA